UUAGGCAAACCAUAAUCAACAAUAUUCGAAACAGAUUUUGUUCAGUGCAUCCACGGGUGUAAACCAACCUCAACCAUGAACAACAUCUUGCUGCGAUCACCAAGAAAAAAGAAAGCACAAAGCAUAUUUCAAGACAACAAGACGUCACUGGACGUGUCAGUCAAUUUUCCGGUUUGGCGACGAAAAGGAGAGGAAAAAAAAAGGCAAUCGGCAGGCCGCAGUGAAAAGGUGCACACGUUUUGCUGAAGAAAAAUCAAAUUUUGUUCUACACAAAGUCGGGCUCUCUACCCAUUUUAUGGACAGUGCAAAUUAUCGGUUAAUUAUCGAAGAAUCCGUUUCCGAAGCGCGCGACGUGCAUUCAAAGAUUUGGGCGAAAGUUGUGAAAUAUUCAUCGUGAUCUUUAUGAAAUCAGACUUCGUGGAAGAACGCCAGGAAGAAAUUUUCUCAGGGAAUCGAAAAGUCGUCUCUUCGUGUCCGCGCGCAAUCCCAAACAUAAAGCGCACCCUUCCUCGUCUUCUUGUUGACCUUUGGGAAGAUAUAAGGAUGUGCAGCGAACUCAGCGAAGCGUGUGGCAAUCUGCCGGAAGAACCUCGUCGAUAGAUCGAGCAUUAGGACCACUCCCAGGCACUAGUCGCCGAGAACGCAUCAAUUCGGCGAAGCAAAUCGUUGAUGUGAGGUCUGGGAGCAGCUACACUGGUGUGUCAACAAUUUUGAGCCAUACCGAGAUGGAAGGAGGAAGCCAGUCAGCCUUUGGUGUCCUGAUGACAUCGUCCGCCUGUGAAAGGGAUCUUGUGCUGGUAGCCAACUCCACCAGCAUGUCGGUGUCCUGCAGAACCGUAUGCAUAUUUUGUUCAGUGCAUCCACGGGUGUAAACCAACCUCAACCAUGAACAACAUCUUGCUGCGAUCACCAAGAAAAAAGAAAGCACAAAGCAUAUUUCAAGACAACAAGACGUCACUGGACGUGUCAGUCAAUUUUCCGGUUUGGCGACGAAAAGGAGAGGAAAAAAAAAAGGCAAUCGGCAGGCCGCAGUGAAAAGGUGCACACGUUUUGCUGAAGAAAAAUCAAAUUUUGUUCUACACAAAGUCGGGCUCUCUACCCAUUUUAUGGACAGUGCAAAUUAUCGGUUAAUUAUCGAAGAAUCCGUUUCCGAAGCGCGCGACGUGCAUUCAAAGAUUUGGGCGAAAGUUGUGAAAUAUUCAUCGUGAUCUUUAUGAAAUCAGACUUCGUGGAAGAACGCCAGGAAGAAAUUUUCUCAGGGAAUCGAAAAGUCGUCUCUUCGUGUCCGCGCGCAAUCCCAAACAUAAAGCGCACCCUUCCUCGUCUUCUUGUUGACCUUUGGGAAGAUAUAAGGAUGUGCAGCGAACUCAGCGAAGCGUGUGGCAAUCUGCCGGAAGAACCUCGUCGAUAGAUCGAGCAUUAGGACCACUCCCAGGCACUAGUCGCCGAGAACGCAUCAAUUCGGCGAAGCAAAUCGUUGAUGUGAGGUCUGGGAGCAGCUACACUGGUGUGUCAACAAUUUUGAGCCAUACCGAGAUGGAAGGAGGAAGCCAGCCAGCCUUUGGUGUCCUGAUGACAUCGUCCGCCUGUGAAAGGGAUCUUGUGCUGGUAGCCAACUCCACCAGCAUGUCGGUGUCCUGCAGAACCGUAUGCAUAACAAAGUGUGCUUUGUAUUGCGUAGUGUUGCGAAAUUCCUUUGUGAUUGAUAAUUUACUGUAAUAAGUGUUAAGGGUCUUAAAAAAUUUGGAUGCCAUGAAUCGAGCAAGGCGUGCCGUUACCCUGAACCGUAAACCGCUUGUCGAAGAAAAGGUCAGUGAUGGCAGUGCGGAUGAUUUUGAGAGUGCUUCCGAUAAGGGGGAUUUUUCGGCCAGUGAGGAAGAAUGGCUGCCCGGAAAGGAUGAGGAAAAUGAUAAAGAGGGCCGAAACACGACAGCAGGGUCCAUUUCCGAAGAUGAUGACGACAACCACGAGGACGAAGACGAUGAUGAGGAUUCUGGCGAGAUGAGCGAUGGUAGCAGUGUUAUGGCCAUGUCCAAAACGAAAGCGAAAAAACGCUCGCAUAAAUCGUCACCCAAACAGAACCCGAUCAAAAAGAAACGAAUGUCACCGGCAACCCGGGACGAACUUUAUCGUCGGACCAAGAAGCAUCUAUUGAAAGAAUCACAACCGGACCGGCCAUCGCUGAAUGCAAGUGUGGCAGAUAUUCUGAGUCAAUGCGAGUUUAAACCUAAACGGAAUGUCGGCCAGAAUGCACAGAAACCUAGCAACUCCAGCGCAGCUCGAAAAGAAAACAAAGAUAAUUCGGAUAGUGAUAGCGGAGAUGACUAUUUGGUGAAUCCUGAAAAGCUGGACUUGAAUUCGGAUUUUUUCAAAGGGGAGGUGUCCGUUGAGCGGACUGCCAAAGAAAGACCUCCCCAAUUCGAUUGUAAUGCUGGAAUGCGUUUAUCGGAUAGCUCUGACAACGAAAAUGAGGAAGACGUGCUCCCUGCUUCCAUUCCUAAACUGGCAGCUCAAAAGUUGAUCAGUACUAUCAAUAAGUCUUCGGCUGGAUUUAUGAAUUUUAAUAACCUCGAGGAGUUUGAUAAAAAGAUAGCGGAAGCUAAGUUACUUUUAAAGAACUACAAAUCUAAGGAAGUCGAAGAAGAUUCUGAAUUUGAUAAAAGCAAAGAUAUUUCAAAUUUGUUAGCUCUUGGAGAACCGGAAGCUGGUGCUGGACACCUUGAGACUUCGAAUGUGAAAGAUAACGAAGGCUCUAACAGUGAAGAGUCGGAUUGGGAAGAAGUUGCCGAUGUUAAAAAAUCUGAUGGAAACUCUCAACCAAAUCCAACGGUCACAGUCGAACUUGAAACUACAAAAUCCAAGAAAAAACGCUGGGAAGAAAUCGAAAUGGAGCUGUUCAUUAAAAGGCAGGUCAACAAAAUAAAACGAGAAAAUCAAUUAGCUUACCACAAAAGUAGCAUUCUGUUAACAAUUGGAGUUGGUCAGAAAUUAAACUUUACCGUUAAUUCGAAUAAAAUACAAGCCAUGACCCUAUCUUUGAUGCAGGCCAAGGAUUGUAUUCCAAAAUCAAAAGUGGAUAGAAAAUUUAUUGAACAAUUGAUAAAAUGGUUCAAAGCCUGUUUCACAUUACAAAGCCAGGAAAUAGUUGUUUCACAAAAUGGACCUCUAAGAUUCAAUUUAGCACUGGAGCUUUUCACUAAAAAAGCAACAUGUAAACGAAAUUAUAUGCUGCUCUUCCUAUCAUGCUUGAGAAUGGCCGGGGUACAAGCUCGUUUGAUCAUUUCAGCUAAUGUUCCACCGAAGCGCCCGGCUAUGAAGGAUCUUUGCCCGAUUUCCGAGCGUCAACUGAUUGAACAAUUUGAAAAGGAGUACAAAAAGAAGAAUUUUAAUAAUAAUGAAGAAAGCGAUACGGAGUCACCCGGCAGUGUUAAGAAGAAAAAAGAAAUUAAAUCUGAAAAUGAUAAUAUACCAGUUAUCAGUAUUGUCGCUCUCAAAACCGAAACCGUUGAAGCUGUUCCAGAGGCUUAUAACUGUUCAGAAACAGCUGAAAAAUCUGAUCAGAAGCCCAUUACAGAUGCGAACAAAGGUAAAAAAAAUAAAGAUAUCAGCGCCGAUGAUCAACAGAAUGGGAAAAAACGCUUGCGUACUCGUUCGCAAAAUGGAUCGAAUAAAACGCAUGAUGAAGCUUCAACCCCAGCAAAAUUGGAAAACAACAGCAAAUCGGUUGCACUAAACGAUUAUAGUCCUUCAGUCAAAGAAAACAUUAAACCUGCAAGGCGAUCUCCUAGAAACGCCAAAAAAUCGGUUCAAUCCAAUGACGCUAAACAUUCGAAUACUCUAUCCAUUCCCCAGGUUGAUGGUGCAAACGAUAUACCUGAAGAAGACGUACCAAAGCGACGCAGUGUCCGCCUCGGCAAAGCGCCGAAAGAUGAAAACGUAUCAAAGACAGCGUUUUCCAAACGAAAAACAAACACACCGAAGGCUGAAGAAACCAAAAAUCAACCUGGUAAAGUUCUGAAGCGAAAACUGUUUCAGACUAACAAACCUGUUCAGGAAUUUCCUUCAAUGGAUGUUGAAAAGGAUGAUGUAAAUGUUGGAAAAAGAGCUGCCAAGAAUAAAAUCUUGUCGAGUGACUCGGAGCAGGAACAAGAACAACCGUCGGCCAAAACCACAUCGACGCACAGUUCGCCCGCCAUAAGCAAGGCAAAAGUUAAUCGCCGCUCUAAGGCCAAGCAGGACUCCGAGGCGGACGAUAGUGAUUUUGAACCACCGAAGGGGAAAAAAUCACGGAAGGCGGCCAAGUCUGCAUCACCAGCGUCCCAGAAGAAAGCGAAAACUUUCUCGUCAUCGUCGAAGAAAACAACAACUGGGACCAAAUCGGAGAAGAAGGCGACAGCAAACGCUGUUAAGAGUGAAUCUCCGAAAAACGCUUCCACAACGCAAGGGAAGAACAAUUUUUGGAUCGAAUUCUACUCGGAAAAAGACAACCGUUGGAUGACGGUGGACCUUUUCGGGGGGAAAAUUGAUUGCGUUGACUAUUUGUCGCGACACGCCACCAGUCCUAUCAGCUACGUUUUUGGGUUCGACAACAAUAACUAUAUCAAGGACGUGACACCACGCUACGUCCAGCACUGGAACACCGUUUGUCGAAUGCUACGAACGGAUUCCAAAUGGCUGGACAAGACAUUGGCUCCAUUCCGUGGUCCCAAAACGGAGCAUGAGAAUGCCGAAGAUCAGGAACUCAACAAAAUUGACAUCGAUAAGCCGUUGCCGACUACUAUUGCGGAAUGCAAAAAUCAUCCCCUUUACGUAUUGAAACGUCAUUUGCUGAAAUUUGAAGCACUCUACCCGGUGGAGGUUCCAAGUUUGGGCUUUGUGCGCGGUGAAGCCAUCUAUGCCCGUGAAUGCGUCUUUACACUUCAAACCAGGGAAAAAUGGUACAAGCAAGGUCGCGUGGUGAAGCCAUUUGAGACGGCCUAUAAGGUUGUGAAAUGUUGGAGGUACGACAAACUUAAAAACGAAUGGCUCGGAAAUCAACCUUGCGACAUUUUCGGUAUCUGGCAAACGGAAGAAUACGAUCCACCAACAGCAGAAAACGGAAUUGUUCCUAGAAACGAGUAUGGAAACGUGGAGCUUUUUACCCCGAAAAUGCUCCCUAAGAAAACCGUUCAUUUACAACUUCCGGGACUUAACAGAGUCUGCAAAAGGCUUGGCAUCGAUUGUGCUCCGGCUCUCAUCGGUUUCGACAAGGCUCGCAUGCGGAUGAUUCCCGUUUACGAUGGCUUUGUGGUGUGCGAAGAAUAUGCCGACAUGCUGACCGAGGAGUGGUACAAGGAAAUGGAAGAGGAAGAUCGCAAAGAGCAGGAACGCUACGAAAAGCGGGUUUAUGAUAACUGGAAGAAACUCAUCAAGGGCGUGCUGGUGCGCCGAAAGCUACAAAACAAGUACAAUUUCGAUAAUCUUUAAGUAUUUUUCUCAAUUUUCUAUUACAGUGUUGUUAUAUUUGUGUAUUAUUUUUAACCUGAAGCGUUCAAAACGGCAUUUUUAAUACAUGUUUAUUUUAAAUAUUUGUAAAUUUGUAUUUGUUUAUUAGUCGAUUUCUAAUUAACAUACCUUUGAUCAACUUUUUCCAGUUUCCGUAGAUUCGACACUGUCUCUGUUCAUGUUUCCUUUUUUCCUGUUCCAACUGUUCACGUUUAUAAUUUUCCAGAACCACGUUCUCAAAUUCUUUACAAAUAACAAUUCCAUCAAACACAGGGUGAUUACCCCCUGCAUGAACACCGAAUCCUACAACUGCCACGGCGUAAUCUACAUUUAAUUUGCGGCAGAUUUUCGAAACAUUCGGCACUGAAAUCGGAAACAAGUUGAAUUGAACAAUGUCCCAGCUAUUAAUCCUCCAGGGUACUUACAUUUUAAAUGCACCGUUCCUUUGGGUAGCAUGCAAGCCUUAAAGAGUUCGAUGUUUCCGAAAGCAUUGCGGGGCACCCGACCGUCCACGGGUUCCGGAGGGAUGUAUUCCUCCGUUUGCCACCGGCCAAACAGUUCCAGUUCGGUCUUUUCGCGUUUAAGCUUGGACCAAACCACCUUAUAGGGGUGCUCGCCU